AGAAAUGAUGACCACAACACCAGUUUGUGAUGUAAUUAGAACUGAGCAUGGCAUUGUAUGGUAUAUUAAACAGAAUUUUACCACUCUUUUAUGCCUGGUUAUCAUAACUGUCUUCCAGUUUUGUUUAUUAUGUUGGCUGCUAUACUUCAUGUCAUAUAAUGUAUUAUGUCGUUGUAAAAAUAAAUUGGAGCGACAUUACUACAAUUAUGGAGAAGACGUGUCAGUGACAACACCUUUGAUUGGCACAAGUAACAGUGAAACCGAAACCACGUCCCAAUUUAUGACUGAAUCUUCUAAUGUGGACAAGAAAAUACAAUGUUAUAAGUCUUGUCAGAGGCACCAGGCAAAGGUUAGCCUCAGCGAUGACAUUUUAUCAAAAUGCCUUAAUCGUAGGAAAUGGGAAUUAAAUCAGACAAAAUCACAUGAUAUUUCACCCGAAUUUUCACCAUUCAAUGUAAACACAGACGCUAAAAGGGGCGUUAUGCAAGUUAGCGAGUACCAACAAUAUAGUGUCUAUAAUACUACAAAUAAUGCUAUUAAUCAGAAAGUAAAUUACGAAAACGAAAAACUUAAAGUUAAAAAGAAUUCUAAUAGUAAAUCCAGUAAAUUGUUGAAAAAAUCUUUGCACAAACCCGAAGUUAAAUCAGGGGAACCCAAAGAAUACACAGACUCCGAUAUUGUUCUAUCUGAACGGAUUUUAAAAUGCCACAGUUUUAACUACAUGGGUGAAGAACCACAACCUGAUUUCACAAAAGCCUCCUCAGAUUGUUUUUACGAUCAUAAAUGUGAUAGUACACAGACGUCCUUACAUCGGUCACAGGCCUCUGAGAAUGAAUAUAAAGAUGAAAACGUCACAGGCUUUAUGCCAGCUAAUGAAAGCCGUGAAGUUUUCACAUGUCCGAAAGUAAAAUGUGAGAUUAGAAGUCACUCAAGUGAAAAAGGAGCCCAAGCUUCUUUCACGAAUGAUUCAUUGGAUGAUUUUCUUUCCGAGCGUGGAAUGAUAUUUUUAGCUAGCGAAGACAUAUCGAAAUAUUCUAUGGAAAGCAAAACCAUAUCGUCUGUAUCUAGCAAAACGUCGAAAAACCACGUACUAAAAAAUGUUUUGUCUUUAUUUAGAAGGAAAUCAAAACUUUGCGUAUCAUCAGAUCCUGGGCUUAAACAAUCUAAGGAGAGCAUUAAUUUAGAAUUAAUCCAUAUGUCGCGCCCUACUGUUUAUUCUUCUAGUAAUGCUGAUUCUGAAAUUAUAAAUAUGACAGCGAAGAGAAUUAAAGAUUCAAGGUCCUCUUUGUAAAGGACUCUCGUCUCUGUCUCUGUUCUUUCUUCUUAUCAUAUCGAUGGUAUGCACUAUAAUGGUUGCCAUCGUCGUAAUGUGCUCAUCGAUGAUGGUCCAGAGUUGUCCAGAUGUACAGGAAAGGUAGAAAGGUGUAGUUACCUGGAUAUAGAGCCUGUUCUGAUCGACUUAAUCGUGUAGAUAAGUGUGACUCACCAAAUACUGCGCCUAAUGGAUACGCCCACCUUGUUACUACCUAUAAGUAGAUAAAUGUAUUCUUCCGAUAUGGUCCAAUUUGUCAGUGUCAAGAUAUUUAUUAUUAGUUUUUUAAUUA